AUGAAGGCAGAUUCGCACCCUCCUGUGCUUGAACGUUGCAGCAAGUCAUUCGACCGCGUGCAUGCCGACCUUAUCCCCUUGGACGGUAUCUCCCUUGGUGGAUCUAAGUAUAUGUUACUACUGGUCGAUGAUUACACUCGCUAUGUAUGGUAUUACUUUGCCUCAAGCAAGAAUGUUCCUGCAAUUACGCCUCUCCUACAAGGAUUCAUAAACUUGGUCCUAACUCAAUUCAAUGCUAAUGGUGUACUGGAACGACGAGUUCAGACGAUCAAGAAUAUGGAACGCUCUAUGAGAGCUGGUGCUGGUGUCCUAGAUGACUACCGACUACAAGCUGAGUCCCUGGCCACCUCGUCCCUGGCACUCCAAAUGGACAGCCAGCCCAUCUACAACCCACGAGGAAGCGUUGUAUUUGGCACCUGCGUCAAAAUCCAUGAGCACGAUACUACUAGGGAGCUUGUGGAAGCCGCUUUGAUCGUGCAAGGCAUGGAGUCGCUCUCCUGCCCACCCUGGCAAACAGCAGAGAGGAUCCAAACAGACCACAAUGGAGAUCCUCUCUCCUAUUCGGAUGCCUUGCUCCAGGAUCCGAUUAGGUGGCCACCAGCAGUGCAAGAAGAACUGAAAUCUCAUGAAGAGAAUGGAACUUGA